AUGGCAAGGUCAAUGAAAAUGUACAACUGCUACCUAAUUGGGGUGAGUUUGUCUGUGUUUGGGUUAGCUUCAGGUAUGGAGAUGUAUUCACACACCAGUUUGAAGCAUUUGGACUUUUUUACCAAAUACUACACAUAUCCAACAAAGAUAGAAGAGAACAUGCUCAGAUCGAGUAACGUUCUAGGAGCAAUUGGUAAAUAG